CUUUUCACCAUUCUUAGUAAUACAACUGCACCGUCUUGUUUUUUUCUAGUCUUUAGCCCAAUAUGGACGCUGCCUGCUGUUGAAGUUGAUAGAAAUGUUUUAUUUGUUUUCGUAGCAAAAAGAGAUUUUAUUUAAAAAUGCGCUUGCUGAAGAAACGUGAAAGCGAACUAUUUCCGAGAUGAUAUCUGCCAUAUCUUCACCAAGAGCUGUGACGUGUUUACACAGGAUGUGGACUUAUUACACAGCCCUCUUUAAAAACAAACCCCAUCACAGGGUUCAGGGUAGAGCUUUGCAUUACGCUGCCUACAGACUGCAAUGUUUAUCCCCAAAGACUUCCUCUACCCUCAGUGCUGUGCAACAGGCAAAAACCGCCUCUGAACCUGCAGACGAGGGUCCUCCAUCUCCCCCCACCUGCUGCUGUAUGAGUGGAUGUCAUAACUGCGUAUGGAUCGAGCAUGCAGAGAAACUGCUGAAAUACUACAGCGAUGGUAGCGAGAGAGCUCUGGAGGCCAUCGAUGAGAACAUACUUGAUGACAGCUUGAAGGCUUAUCUUAAAAUGGAGAUCAGGUUACUGAAGAAGCCUAAGUGAGAGUGGACAUGAAUGAGAGCUGAGCUGAAGCAACGCUUUGCAGAAGAAACCAAGACAUUUGCACAGUUAGCACAAUUUAUAUAAGACUAUCAAAAAUGUGUCCAGGUCAUUUUUCAUCCAUUUAUAAUUGUAAAAUAUUAUUUUCAUAACAUUACAUUUAAGCAGGUUUUACCACAGUAAUAAGAUUAUUUUUAUUGCAAAAUUAUUAUUUAUUUAUCAUUCUAGUGUUGUUUUUAUUUAUUUGUUUUUAUUAUUAUUUCAUGCAAUUAUUCAUUUUAAAAUCAAAAAGUUGGCAGCUCAGUGGGUAGCACUUUUGCCUCACUGUCUUUCUGUAUGGAGUUUGCAUGUUCUCUCGGUGUCAGCAUAGGUUUACACCAGGUACUCAGGUUUCCUCCCAUCUGUUGUCCAAAAACAUGCAGGUCAGGGGAAUUGCAGAUGUCAAAUUGCCCUUUCCACCAUGAAAAUUGCCACAGAUGUUGGAAUGGCAUUAAGAAUAAAUAAAUAAAAAUGAAAAGUCAGCAAUGUUACAAUAAAGAGAAGCUAAUAACCAUCAUUGACUAAGAAAUGUUAAACAUGAAUGCAUUUCACUACCUAUAUUUGCUUAAUUGUUAGGAUUUUUUUUCUUUUGAUGUUGGAUAACAUGACCUAGAGAUGGUCAGAAACUACUUGAGCAUUUGUGUAUUUUUUUAUUUUAUUGUAUUUUUUAGUGUUCUGUCUGUUUAUACAGAAUUUUUAAGAUAUUUCUUAUCAGUGGUCUACAGGACAGACAGAUGUCAGACUACACCCAUAAUAAGGCCUUGUAAUCUAGAAAAGCAUGAUCUUAAAAAUAUUUACACCUAUAUAUUUAGAAUAUAGAAUUUAUGUUGUAGAUGUGAAUUUAUAAAUGCUUUAAAGGUGGGUUGCAUGAUAUCUGAAAGCCAAUGUUGAUAUUUGAAAUCAAACACGCCCCUACCCCAAUAGAAUCUGGACCUUUUUUUGAUCAAUGUCGGUGUGUGUUUUGGUACUUGGCCUGACACCCUUUUCCAAAGUGUUUUUAAAGAUCCAAAAUCGAAACUGACCUGAUCUGCAGUGUGUCAUGUAGCUGUCCAUCAAUGUAAACAAUGUGCAAAGUAGUUGAACCAAAAAGUGCACGAUUAAUAAAGUUAUUGGCUUCUAAAGUAGGGAGUCGACUCUGAAUCGCUGAAACGAGUCGUUAUAUGGAUUGGAUCUCCUGCAUGACUUUUUCCACGUCACACAAACGCUUUCACGUCACACGAGAUACUAAUCUCCGCCUACAGCCUUGCCUGCGG